AUCUCAUCCCGUCCAGCAUCACACACCAGCCUCGUCAGCCUUGUGCUCAGUCACGUGACCACACCGUGACUGCACCGAACUGCCCUUUGCACUGAUUGUACUUCACCUUGUAUCGUUGGAAUCAUGAAAGGCCAUUCGUGUGCAAACAAACACAUCUCACGCCCAUAAAGACCCCUUAUCCAAACCAUGUCUUGCCCAACCCAAAAUCCCACCAGCCAGCACAAUAAUCAUCACCAGCAGAGAGCGUGCGGAUACUUAAGCAAUGAGUAACGCAAACAACACUAACUACCGGCCUAAAUCCCCCAACUUAUCAGGCGUCAACCCACCAGCGCCGCCGCCAAAACUCGCUCGCAUCCCCUCGUACCAUCCAGAGCCGACGGUGCCUCCAGGCUUCCCGGUCUCAGCUCGUGGUUCCUACGACGCCUCGCCUUUCUUCUCGCCACAAAACACCACGCCGUCAACAUCCUAUUUCGCGUCACGACCGUCACCGUCCUUUCCACAGGCUUAUUCACCACAGACAUUCCGAACUCCGAGCAUACCCACCCAAGCUCUUUCGUCAAACCACUCAGCAUCCUUGCCACUUUCUUACAACCAGUUUAAUUCUUCAUAUUAUCCCCCACCACAAACUCACCAGCCUUUUGACCAAAAUUAUCCCCUUCAACAACAGCCUGUCCAGUCAUUUCCUUCCUAUCCAGAAACAUUUGGUCAACAGUACAACGACAUGCCUCGAACUCGACGGGCUGCGGCCGAGGAGUUAAAUCCGACUUAUGACCCCAGUGGCCCUGGAAGUGGCAUGCCCUUCAAGACUGAGCAGCCCUCUGCCGCCCUACCGGUCAUGCCCAUGGCCACAGCAGAUCCCUCUCAUGGAAUUGAUGUGAGAACUAAAUUCCCCGUGGCACGCAUAAAACGUAUUAUGCAAGCAGACGAAGAUGUAGGGAAAGUUGCUCAAGCAACUCCCACUGCUGUUUCCAAGGCUCUUGAAUUGUUCAUGAUCACGUUAGUGAUGAAGGGAGCAGCAGAAGCCAAGGACCAACACUCCAAACGUGUCACGGCACAACAUCUCAAGGCCGCCUUGAUGAAAGAUGGCCAGUUUGAUUUCUUGACCGACAUCUGUGAAAGUGUGCCUGAUGAAGGAUCCAAGAAGGGUAGAGCCAAGUCAGAGGCAAAGAGUGAAGAGAGUGACGAUGAGGUUGUUCCCAAGAAAAAGGGAAAAGGUGGCAAGAAGAGGAAGGCCGAUAGCGAUGAUAGCUCUGAUUGAUUUCGCCCUCGCGCAAGGCAACACGACGCCCAAGUUUAGCACGACAUUUCUACGACCACUCCAUGCAAGGCUCUAAUUUUGUUGAAUGCUAUCGGGAAUGAGCAUAUGCUGAAUCUCACCUCAGAGCAUCACGACAUGUCCAGACGGGAUCUGUGGGAUUUGAAUUUCUCAGAAACUCUCAUCAUCAAUCUGUUCCAUAGGCGACGAUCGGGAACGAUGCAAGAGCAAAGAUAAUAUCGUCAGCUCCACAAACUCAAUCUGCGACCAGAGGAAAUUUGCACCGUCAGUGAAACACUUCCACCAUGAUGGUCAGGCUCGUAACAAGAGCAUUUCCUUGGUCCAUGGUGACAACUGCGAGCUUUGCCCUCGAAGGGUUUUUGUCCAGGCCCUUCAAAAUGGGAGUCCAACAAACAAGCACUUCCAAAGACGCGUUGUUCAACUGGGCCCAUGCAUACGCAUACAAUCGACUCGACUUAUUCUUUCAGUCAUAGCAAACAAUUCAGAAUUGGCUCCUGCUCCUCCUGUGCUCAAGCACACAGUCAUGCGCACCACAUAGAUCCUUCGAAUACGAGGUCACAUCGACUACUGAAAUUAUUACAAUCAAGCACCAAAGCAUUUGGGGUUUCUCACUUUCUCGAGGAUCCUCCUAUCACUGUCGGAACAAGGGUUAGUACCCGUCCCAUACAUAGUGUAGAUCGACCUGACUCCUCCGUACUAUAUUCGCCCCUGUCUUACUGAUUUCAUUUUCCAAUACUGCGAAUUCCUCUCGAAUCGAGGCUCGGCUGGCCCUAGGUGUGGCAACCUGCGAUGGCUUUGGACAGGUAAUGGUUGUCAGCCAGUUUCGUCAGGCAGAGCAGAGCCGUCGGGGCGAAGCCGUCUUGCUUCACCAAGCAGCUGGUCUCAUGCAGAACGAUGUCUUGUUGGCAAGGAUGGUGUGUUGAUCCUCCAUGACCAAGGCACCUGAUGCAUAACAGCGAAGAAGAUGACCAGGCCAAAGAACGUAGUGAAUGCCAGGGCGACCCAUCCUACUCCGGCAGAGUAGGGGAUCACAACCAGGCACAAGAGCGCAAAGGCACCUAUGAUUAAGCCACCAAGAAGGCCACUGGCGAUGACCCCAUACAUCUGAACAGUCAUUUGGGCCGUUUCUCCAUUCGCCCCAUCCCAGUCGGCAAUCCAGUGGUUUUUGAAGAACGUCAAAAGGGUAGAUCCCAAUGAUGCAAAGGCCAGGGCCAGCAGAAACAACAGCCAACUUAUGGCGAGGAACUGUUGGACCUGAUAUUGCGAGAAUGCUGGGUGUUUCGACGUCGGUGCCGCAGUGUCAUUUGACAAGACGUAGGAGAAGGUGAUACUGGCACCCAAGGUUGUGAUAGCGAUGGCAGUGCUGAAUAAGCCGUUGAAGAACGUCGAUACUGACGAACCAUGGUGUUGUGUGAUGGGACGUAUCUGGGCAAGAGAAUGGCCAUGCUCGGAAUCUUGUCCUGUAGGUGUCGUCGUCGACAACUUGUCCUCGGGGGUUGGCUGACCAGAGUCUUGUUCGUUGUUGCAAUUGCAGUGCACGUUGCCCAGACAGUUUUCGAGAGUCGGAAGAGCAUGAGUGUCAUCAGAUAUGGACAUUGAGGCUUCUCUAGCCAUCAUGACUGUGCUAGACGUCUGAAUAGUCGUGGACGUAGAACUCGAAACAAGACUGAAGAUUCGACGACGGCGAGAUCAGAGGAACUACCAGGUAUUCCACAAGCCCAACAGUGCGAGGCAUGUUAAUCAAGAUCUGGAGGCUCAAAUCGUCUCAUCGAGAAAG